AUGAUCGCCAACAAGCUCACCAUCCUCACUGCCACCGCCGCUCUCCUUGAGCCGGCUCUUGCCCUCGGCCACCGUCACGGUCACCAGCACCCCCAGAAGCGUGGUGAUUGGAUCACUGCCACCAUCGACGGUCAGGUCGUCUCUUGGGAGAACAACUACUUCGGUCCCGGCGGCGCUCCUGCUGCCACCCAGGCCGCUUCCAAGCCCGAGGCUCCUGCUGCUCCCGCUCCCGCUGCCGCUCAGCCUACCACCAUCAUCAAGGUCGCCAAGCCUUCCCAGGCUGCUAAGGCUGCUUCCAAGCCCGCCAAGGCUGCCUACGAGGCUCCCAAGGCUGAGGAGAAGGCUGCCGCUCCCAAGAAGGCCGUCAAGGCCCAGCAGGUUAAGGCCGCCAGUACCCCCAAGAAGACCAAGCCUAGCUCCGGCGGUUCCUCCGGCGGCUCUGUUGGCUUCUCCCACAAGCGAGGUGUCUGCUACAACAACGUCGAGCUUGCCAACACCUUCGCCGCCAACUGCAAGAACUGUGGCUGGGGUUACAACUGGGACUCCGAGUCCGGUGGUCUUGAGGGCUUGAACUUCAUCCCCACCCUCUGGUCCGACCAGGCCGUCCACGUCGACCGCUUUGCCGACAACUGUGCCAAGGCCCUCUCCAACGGUGCUAAGGCCAUCUUCUCCUUCAACGAGCCCGACAACGGUGGCCAGGCUCACAUGACCCCUGCUGCCGCUGCCGCUGCCCACGUCAAGCUCAUGAACCCUUACGCCGGUAAGGCCCUCAUCGGUGCUCCUUCCAUCAGCAACAGUGGUCUCCCCAUGGAGGGUCGCGAGUGGCUCGAGAACUUCGUCAAGGAGUGUGACAACCAGAGCGAGAAGUGCCACUAUGACUUCUGCAACGUCCACUGGUACUCCGAGGUUGAGUACGGUGAGACUCUCUUCGAGCACCUCGAGAAGUCCCACGAGAUCUGCGGCGGCAAGCCCAUCUGGCUCACCGAGUUCGCCCCCAAGGGCUCCGACGAGGCCAUUGCUUCUUGGCUCGAGGAGGCCAUUCCUCGUCUUGAGGCUCUCGACUACCUUGAUGCCUACUCCUACUUCAAGGUCGAGACCGGUAUGCUCAUGACCACCGAGACCGAGAUGUCCAAGUACGGUAGCGUUUACGCCUCCGCUUAA